UUUCUUUUGCAGUUCCUGGAUUUUCGGUUUUCGAUUCAAAUUGUCAUGUUGCACAUCCUUUCGAUUAUGAAGUUGUGAUUUUUGUUUGUUAAAUUAGAAAGUUGAAUUUAUUGAUCUCAAAUGAUGUUUGUUAUCAAUUUUGGUGUUGUUCUGUAGGGUUAGAGAUUGUAGUGUGUUUUGAUGCUGAAUAUAGCUUUGUGUUUCUAGUGUUUACUUUGAUCACUUGUUCAUUGUUGUAAGGAUUUAGGGUUUAGGAAAAAACUAAUAUAUCACAUAUUUUUUAAAACCCUUUAUCUAUGUGUAAGGCUAUGUUUGCGAGUUAGGAGAUACAGAGGAGAAGGCUUCUGAGAAGGAGAUUUGAAAAGAAAUAAAUAAAUGAUAAUAUUAGAUAGAGUGAUGGGAUGGCACUUAGUGUAUGCAGGAUCGCGAGUUAACUCGUGAACUUGCCCGAGUUGAUGCUCUAAUCACAUGCCGGCGUGCUGAAUCAUAGCCAAGAUCAUAUGGAUAAACUCGAAUAAUUUCCUCCAACUCUUGUUCAAGCUCCCUCUUUCAUUCAACAAGACGUUCUCUGACGUUGUUGACUCACCGUUUUCUGAAUUGAUUCAGGGCAUUUUGUUACUGGUUGUUAUUUGAUGGAAAGUGUGGAAGAUAAAGAACCAGCUUUGAAACGAGCAAAAUUGUCUUCUCAAGAAUUAGUCAGUCUCUCUAACGGUUCAACUUCUAAGGUGCGUGUUGUAUGUUCAAGUGACGUAUCAGCCGAAGGGGACGACGAAGAUGUUGCUUCAAAAGGGGUCUUAAAAAGAGGGGAGUUUGUAAGGAUGAUUACGAAGGCAUUGUAUUCUCUUGGUUACAAAAAGAGUGGGGAACACUUAGAGGAGGAGUCUGGCAUAUCUCUGAAUUCGUCUGCGGUAAAUCUGUUUAAGCAGCAGAUACUUGAUGGUGAUUGGGACAAAAGUGUAGCCACAUUGAAUCAAAUUGGUCUAGAAGAUGAAAGCAUUAUCAAGGCUGCCUCAAUUUUAAUAUUAGAACAGAAGUUUUUUGAGCUUCUUGACGAGGAUAAGGUCAUGGAGGCAUUAAAGACAUUGAGGACUGAGAUUACACAUCUUUGUGAUGACAGUACUAAAAUUCGCAAACUUUCUUCAUGCAUGUUGUCACCGUCUGGCCAAGGAGCUAGGACUCGGUCAAAACUAUUGGAGGAACUACAGGAUCUGAUUCCCCCGACUGUGAUGAUACCUGAAAAGAGACUGGAACAUCUUGUUGAACAAGCCCUCAUCUUGCAACGAGUAGCUUCCUUGUGUCACAACUCAUUGAAUAAGAAAAUGCCAUUGAAUCCAGAUCAUUACGAAGGAAAAUCUGAGAUAACUUUAGAUCAAUUAGCUAAUGCUUCUGCUAAUUCUGAUAAUAAUGAUGAAAUGGUGACCUUGACCAGAGCAGAUUUUGAAAAAUUUGCUACAUGUUCUGUUAAAGUGGACAGGCUAGAAGAAGACUAUAAGAAGUUGGUGAGCAUGCUUUCUGAAGUCGUGAACCUGCUUCGAGUUCUUCCUCGGUAGAUUUUAAAUUCUGUUCAUGUUUUGAUUUUUAUCAAUGAAUUUUAGAUUUUAUGAUAUGUGGUCUUUAUUUUUAUAUUUACUUUUUGGUCGGAUGCCAAAAGGAAUAGAAUAUUGAAUUGAACCUUCUAUACUUUCAAUGCCAUUAGCUAACUCACUAAUA